AUGGUCAAGGAUGCAUCCGUCGCGUCCCAUGGCCCCUAUGUGAGCAUCGACACGAGGACUAGCGGGGAUGUGUCAGAUGACUGGCACGCUUUCCUGGACCAGCACCCUGCCCUUGAGCAGGUGUUCGCUUUGGGCAAGGUGACGUUCUCCAAGCAUUCAUCGAGGAGCUCCAGUCUUACUUUGAAUGCCACGAUCACCAACACAGGCUCCACCGCCUGGUCCUCGGCGGUGCUGCAGGCUGUGCAUGGGUCGGACAUGGGCAUCUCAAGCCUACCAUUGAGCGGGGUCGUCGAGCCUGGCAAAGAUUGCAAGGUGUCUCUGCGACUAAGACUGCCGCCCGAGGAUGUGAUUCCAGCAUCCAUGUGGGCUUUGAGUAUAGACGACCGCGUGUUCGGUCCACUGCUCGUGCUCGAGUUGGAGCAAGAGGAAGACGUUUCAGGUACUUCGCUUCUGAAGGAGCACAAAGCCUCUGCUCGCAUCUUCGAUGCCCCAAGGCGUCUCUGGAGUGACAAGGCGCUUCGGGAAGAUGCGGAAAGAGUGGGUGAUAUUUCCGAGGAAUGGGCAACCGACCUUGCCAAGACAGGUAUGGCGCAGGCAUACCGGCUUGGCAGCAUCGCCGCCGACGGCCCAACACACCUGCUUUAG